AUGUCAUGGUGAUGAAAAAUUCAAUAGAUUUUAUGUGUAAUAAAAAAUAACUGUUGUUUUGUAACCAUUGAUAUAAAAUUAAAAUGCCGAGCUGGUUUCUUGGAUACCUUUUUAUAUUACCCGUGUUAUGUUUCAAUACCAAAAACAAUAGAACCAACAGCAAUUGUACCACGACGCCUGAAUACAUUCAUUUCCUAAAUCUGGAUCAAGCAACAAUCUGCAAGUUUCAACCGAAUGGUCAUGAUUGUGAUGGAACCGGGUGGUCACGGCAAAGAUUCUACUAUGACUUAAAGUUAGAGGACUGCAAGACGUCCUCUAUCGGAAACUGUCCGUUUAAUCUUAACACCUUCACCACAUUAUCCGACUGCCACAAUACUUGUCGAGAUGUCGGCGCUAAGCCGGUUCCCGCAGCCCUUGCGCCUAGAAUAUUUUGUCGGUUGCAAUUCGACUUUGGACGUUGCAAUAGUUAUCAUCCCAGCUGGUACUACGACGUAACGAUACGACGCUGUCGGGGCUUCUCCUAUAGCGGCUGCGGUGGAAACAGGAAUCGGUUCCGAUCGCAGCAGGCCUGCUCCACGGCCUGCAGCGGGGUCAAGUAGCGCAAGCCAGAUCUCAGUUAAACCUUACAGCAAACGUCAUUCUUUACUGUACUUCCUUCUGGCCGCAGCUUCUCUGCUGCAGCGGUGACCUGCAUCUACACCUGCAGCAGGCUUGAGCACAAACCAGACCUCAAUCAAACCCUCUCGCAAACAUAUUUUUUUGCUUCACCUCUGUCUUAACGUGACUUUUGGUACAGCGGCUGUGGCAGCUACCUGAAACUCUUUCACUCACAGCAGACUUGAGCCACAGACCUCAAUUAAACCCUGCCGCAAACAUCCCCUUUCUUGGCGUGGCUUUUCGUUCAGCGAUUGUUGCGGCGACCUGGACCUCUUUUAGUCGCAGUUAUUUGCCUACUGUAAAUAUUUUAAGUGCUGGUCUAAGCGAAGUCAUAGGUACCUAUUAAUAUUAAUUCAUAAAUGACUGUGGGUAGUAAAUUACUUAGUUCUAUUUUGUCGAUGUUGAUUUUAGAGAUGGAAACUCUUGCUAGGCACUCCCAGCAAGAUUUAACCGGUAAAUGUAACUGCAAAAUACUUUUUAAUUAAAAUCGUCUCAUUAAAACGCGGAUGAUGUUAUUUUAAAACCUGGUUUUAGUUCUAAAAUGUUUUACUUGUAUACUGCAAGUAAUUAAUUUUGCAGCAUCACUAUCCGAGCUUUUAAGGUUAUGCAGUACUGACGACCCACUUUCUGUUAAAAAUAUUUUCAUAAAUGUACUCAUAAUGCACUUAA